AAGUAAGCAAGUAAAUCACCAUGCCAUCCGGCGGAAGAAGAGACGACGUCUCGGUCGAGACUGCCUCGACCGGUUCCGAUCAAAGGCAAGAGUCCGACCAGGAGAAGUGGGAGACGGACGCCUCGGAUAACCAAAGUGAAACCUCGGAACAACAACAAGAAGGAGACGACGACUCGGAACAACAACAACAAGAAGACGACGACUCGGAAAAUCAAGAGUCGAGUCAUCAGGAAGAGGAAGAAGAAUCGGAAAACAACAACAACAAUGAUCAAGACGAGGAUGAAAACCAAGAAGAAGAAGAAGAAGAAGAAGAAUCCGAAGAAUCCCGCCACAUUGCCACACUCGUCUGUUUGAGCGACACACCACUGGAAGAAGAUCAAGAUUGGAAGAACGUCGUCAUUGCCCGUGUGGCACUGUGGGGCGAAGGUGGCGUCCGCGCAUUGCUGUUGCAAAACAAGGACGGCACGGAAAGUGGCAGUGCUCAUAUUUCCGUCCGCGAUCGCGAUACCGUCAAACAAAGUGUCACGGAUCGAUGGACACUGGUGGAACAACCCAUGGGGUAUAUUACCCGCAUUCACGGAUUUCAUUCCAUUUACGGGACGCCGUGUCUCUUGCAUUCGGCGCGUCUCGAAUUUGCAUCGGGACAAGUCAUGGAAUUUCAAGGUGUACGAGAUGAUUGGAAAGGAGCAGAAUUUGAAGUCAAGAAUCUACCCGACAACUUUUUCGUCAGUGCGUUGGAAUUCAAAGAAGGAGUGUGUAUUGGGUAUAGAGGAUAUUCCACGCCGGCGCCGUUGGCGGAAAUGUUUGAAGACGAAAGUCAACCGGAUUUGGAUUUUCUGCAACAGCAAGAUGAUUACGAAGAAAAUGAAAAGAAACGCAAGAAUAGUCGCGACAAGAACAACGACAAUGACAAGGAACCUGGCGAGGAUAAUCCCUACGGAAAACAAGAAACGGGUGGUUGGGUGGGAGAUCAUCUCAAGGCACGAGAAUUGCCGUACCCAGACUACCGCGAUUCCAUGAUGCUCGCCUACGUCUGUCUGCUUGGAAAGGAUGCCCUCCAGGGAGCCAUUUUCCUGUUUUUUGAUGGACACCGAGAAGGCAAAUUGUCUGCGGUACGAAAACGAGGCAUACUCUGCAAGGGCCGCAAACUCGAAACUGACAUUCAUGUCGAUGUCGAACAAUUCGAGAAUACUCUCCGAGGAGCCCAAUUUGUCAAAAUCGAACAACCCGGUGGACGCAUCCGUACCAUAUCCGGCCGUCGUCUCACCCGCAUCAUGCCAUCCACCACCAAAGAAAAGGGACCCAAGGUCACCUACCUCUGUCACACACUCAAUCUCGAAUUUGUAUCCGGUCAAGUCAUCAAGUUUGUCGGAAGCAACAAAGAUUGGAAGGGAGACUACUUUUCCUAUUCCAUUCCACCCGAUUAUUAUAUCAAUCAGCUCGAAUUUGCACCGGCACGGAUCGGGAGCAGCAAUAAAGGUGGAUACCUCGUGGGAGUUUCCGGUGUGCGGACGUACGAUGAUGCCAGUGACAUGGAUCAGCCCGAAAUUGAUAACAAGAGUCCACCCUGUUACGAUAAGUGCUGUUGUUGUCUGCCUUGAUCUUGAUAACCUUCCUCUUUGCCACCACGGAUGUUCGGAGCAGCAAGAGCCUUUGGUUCCUGUAUUCAACUCAACAAUCUUCUUGUCGCCCGAAAAGUAUAAGCUGUGUAGCGAGAGUGGAAUCCUGUGCUUGGAGCCAGGUUCCAGUGCUUGCUUGCUUUUCUGUUCUGUUCUGUUCCGAAGACAGUUGGAUGCUGUAACUUGCUAGAAAUAUAUAAUAUUGUUUGGCUGUUCCUAUGUGUUU